CUUAUCACCUUCAAUUCUCCAUGUCCUUCUAUUUUUCUGGAAAACAGAACUUAAACAAACAAAUCCAGAUAUUUUAUCAAGGAAAGGAAUAGGGAAUUGCUUUGUCCAGUUUACUUUCUCCAGAAAACCCAUGUUGCCUGUCAACUUGUUUCAUGGGUCUGUGAAUCACAGUUGAUGAAAAACUUGCAGUUUCAGAAAUGACUGUCAGCAAACAUUACGUGAAAAAGAAGUCUUUCAUUCAUAAAAUUUUCACCACAAAGGAGAGAGAAGGAAGCGGCUCAUCGGAUUUCUUCGAAGCACAGCAGUCUACUCCAGCAGUUGACAUUCAAUCUACAAGUGACACAGGGUCUCAAAUGCCUGCUGGUCAAUACGUUCAGUCCCUUCGGGUUUUUGUAGCGACAUGGAAUGUAGGAGGAAAAUCUCCUCAUAUUGGCCUUAAUCUGGAUGAUUUUCUUCAAGUUUAUAAUGAAUCAGACAUAUAUGUCUUGGGUUUUCAAGAAAUUGUUCCGUUAAAUGCUGGAAAUGUGCUAGUUCUAGAAGAUAAUGAACCUGCAGCAAAAUGGCUUGCUUUAAUUAAUCAGUCACUAAACAAAUCACCUGAGGGGUGUUCAACAAGCAAAUCCAGCCUAGGUGGUUCACGAUUUUCAUCAAAGCCUUCCCUUAAAAAGGUCAGUAAGGCUUUUAGGACAGAGAGCAAACGGAGGUUGAAGAGUUGCAACUGCCCCUUUGAACUGGAGAGGAAAUAUAGUAAAGAUUUUUGUUUUAGAUGCCAACAACCAAACAUAAACGAAGACGACCUUUCUUCAGAACCGGAUGAGGACGGAUCUAAUGUCUUUGAUAUAUCAGAAAUUUCCAUGGCCUCUACUACCAACCAAAUGAAGUACAGCCUUAUAGCAAGUAAACAAAUGGUAGGAAUUUUCGUGACUAUUUGGGCAAGGAAAGAGUGUAUACAAUAUGUUAGCCACUUGAGAAUCUCUUGCAUCAGUCGUGGGAUCAUGGGAUGCCUUGGAAACAAGGGCUGUAUAUCUGUGAGCUUUUUAUUCCAUCAGACAAGCUUUUGCUUUGUCUGCAGUCAUUUGGCAUCUGGUGAGAAGGAGGGCGACGAGCUUAGGAGAAAUUUGGAUGUAUUAGAGAUACUUAAAAGCACUCAGUUUCCGAAGAUUUGCAAAACGGCUCAUAGUAGGAUGCCAGAUAAAAUUCUAGGACAUGAUAUGGUCAUAUGGUUAGGAGACUUGAAUUACCGCAUUGCUUUGAGCUACUCUGAAACCCGAAAGCUUUUGGUGGACAAUGACUGGGAUGCACUUCUUGACAAAGAUCAGCUCAAAAUUGAGAGAGAAGCAGGGCGAGUAUUCAAAGGAUGGAAGGAGGGAAAAAUCUACUUUGCACCUACUUACAAAUACUUUUAUAACUCAGACACUUAUUUCGGAGAGAUAAAAACAUCGAAAAAGAAAAGAAGAACACCAGCCUGGUGUGACAGAAUACUAUGGCAUGGAAAUGGGAUUAGACAACUUUCUUACAUAAGGGGAGAGUCCCGGUUCUCUGACCAUCGACCAGUGUGUGCAACAUUUUUUGUGGAUGCUGUAGUUAAUGAGAAUGAAACGAAGAACGGAUCGCCUAGCUCUAAUAUGAAAAUCGAAAUUGAAGAGCUCUUACCAACUGCGAGAUACCUGAACAACAUGCAAGUCAUAGCUAAAUUUGGUAGUUUCUUUGAUUGUCCACUGUUAAAGGUCUUUGCCCUGACUAUCCUCUUGUAUUGUCAGGUACUAAACAGCUAACCGUAACUCGCUGAAAGUUUGAAGAAAUACCCAGUUUAAUUUAUCAAAUGAAAUGAAGUAGGUUUGAUGAUGCAGAGUUUUUUUGCAGUACUAAGGUGUAAAUAAUUCUCCAACAAGUGAUAUAUGUACUGUACUGAAAUGGUUGACUUCUCCGGCGUGCAAUAUGAAGGAUGUUCUCUCACAGCGAAGAUGCUCGGCUUUUGAUAUUCGGAUUUCCUAACAAGUUGAAGGGCAGAGAUGCAUAGGUGACAGAUUAUUGUAUGAAUUUCUGGUGUCUUUGUUCUUAUCAUUUAUCGAAGUGUAGUUACAAUUAUUUAUUCGUAGACAUCCCCAUUUCUCUUUGCCUAAAUUUGGGUCAAAAGAGAAUGGAGCAGAUAAUACAAAAUUGCUUGACUCACAA